AUCUUUUAUUUCUUGAUUUUUAAGCUAUGGUGAAGAUGAAUGUUUUGAAUGAUUGUUUACGUUCAAUCGUAAAUGCUGAAAGAUAAGGAAGAAAGCAAGUGUUGAUCAGACCUACAUCAAAAUUGGUAGUGAAAUUCUUGUAAGUGAUGCAAAGACAUGGCUAUAUUGGAGAAUUUGAAAUCGUGAGGAUGAUCACAGAAGUGGCAAAAUAGUUGUUGAAUUAUUAGGUCGUAUCAACAAAUGCGGAAUGGGCCAAUAACAUUCUUCCAGCCAGACAAUUUGGAUGCGUAGUCCUCACAACCAAUGUUGGCAUCCUCACCCACGAAGAAGCAAGAUAAAGACACAUAGGAGGUAAAAUCCUUGGGUUCUUUUAUUGACACAUUUGCAUCAGUACAUUAUAUAUUUAAUAUGUCUUCGAUGAAUAAUAGAAA